AUGCCAGAACCCAAAUUGUCUCUACUGGGAUGUGUGCACCAGAUGCCUCAGCCCAAUCCAAACAGCCCAUCUCCCGAUCGGUUGAAAGAUGCCGAGACUUACGACAUUGAACCGCACGAGUUUGCGGCCCCAGCAGGCGUUUUCGCGUUCGAGGACCUGUUGCCAGAGGCAGGGUCAGAGAUAAACAAGGAGAGGAGGAGCAACGACGGAGCUGCCGAUGUGCCUGGCGAGGAUGGCAUGGACCUUGAGGGUCUUGACAACGACGAUGCUGGGGGAUGA